AUGCGCCGAUCUCUUAUUAUUUUUGUGUGGUUUGUUGUUUUUGUUGUUUUUUGUAAGAAUAAACCUGAAAAGGUGAUCGAAGAGGAGGAAGAGGAGGAAACUGGAGAUGAUUUUGAGGAAAGUGAGUUCUAACUGUAGUUAAUGUUCUAGUAAAUCAACAAUUUCAGUUUGCCCUUUCCCCUGGCAAACUCACGAUCAAAACGUUCUUGCACAAUAUUCAAUGUGCAAUGAUGUGAUCAAUGAAGGUGUAAAAUGUACUCCAAACGAUCCAGUUGAGUGUACCGGUAGAAAUCCAAUGUGUGUCUUCUCGAAACUAACAAACGAUCAUCGAUGUUGCGCGGAUGUUCCCCAAGAUUUGAGUAAUCCUCCUGGUGUUCCGGAACAAGUCAAGCCAAGUAAGAUGCACAAUAUGGAAAGAUAAAAAUAAAGUUUUAAGUCUGUCCAUAUGGUGCAUCUUCCUACGAUCUUCCGUCCGUUCUCCUUUGUGAUCCAACAGAAGACAAGGCAUGUCCGGAACACUACACAUGCGAACAGGCGGUCAAUCAUCAAAUGCUCACGACCUACAACAUGCAUCUUUGCUGCAAAACUUCCACACUCGACUCAUUUGAAAACGGUAAAACAGAAAACUUACGACGUUCUUGAAACGAAAAGGAUUUUUAGUGUUUUAUGAGACAAAAGUUGGUAUCAACAAGAUGUCAUCUAAUCUUUCGAUGCCGAUUUUCUACGUAACACAGUUGUCCCCGUCCAUUAUCCCGAUUGCUCCAUCCGGUGGUAUUGAUUAUGUCUGUAAAAAAUGCUGAUUUUUCUGUUCUGACAGUCAAUAUUCAGGUUGUACUGAAUGAGUACAUUCCGAGCAAAACUAAAUCGAAUACUCCUGAAAUCCGUACCGGGGAUCAUUUCGCAAUGCUUCCAUACCGAUUUAGAGAGCCAGUUUAUUUGAAAAAGGUAAGACAUCUUACUUUUUUUGGAGGGAACCACCGUUUUUUAAGGUUUACUUGUUCCACGAGCCAAUGCCAAAUUUCUUUUUCCACGUAUUAGUUUUAUUCAGUAAGUGUUCCAAAUAUAAGCACUCACUUUCGGAUCGUUUUCUAGAUCCUCACGGAAAUCCUGAAUCAAUGAAUUUGUAUUAUAAUCGGCCGUCUUCACUCUCGAGAGAAAUCGAUUUAUCCGUUCCCGUUUGGGACGAAGGAGUGUUUUUCAGAAACAUGAAUCGAAUUCUUACUAUUCAAUCUGAUCAAACGUCUAGCCGUCAAAGUAGGAAUCUCACAUAAAAUCCUAAUUUUUUGAUGUUAAAUUCCAAUUUCAGUUCGCCGGUUAUACAUAGUUUUGGUGUUCAAAACGAAAUUCCGGAUAACCAAGAGAAAUCCGCAAGUUUGGAAUGAUUUCCAUACAAACUACACAACGUUCACAGAAUUUUUGAACACGGAAACUGGAAAACAGCUCGGAAGUCCGAUGGCCGGAACUUAUUAUUACGUAAUUUGCAGUGAAUUGAGCAAAUAUUACAUGAACUGUUUCAGAUCACCAAAUAA